AUGGACCGCUACUUUAUUGCGAAAAUACCUGCGAUGGCUCCGUCGGUACUGACUCUGGGCUUGCUUGCCUUGAUCCUCAGCUACGGACCGCACACGGCGGCAGCCACAGGAAUCAACCCUCUCGUCAGUCGCCAGAGCAAUGGUACAGCGCUCAACCCGCACUUCACAGCCAUAUCAGACUACAUCGACUCGAUCACGGACGACCUCUCGUCCAUCAACACGGAAAUCCACUCCAACCCGGAGCUGGGGUAUGAAGAAGUCAAGGCUCACGAGCUGCUGACCUCGUUCAUGGAAGAGCAGGAAGGGUGGAACGUCACUCGAUCCGUCGGCAACAUCUCGACCGCCUUCAUGGCUGUGUUUGAGGGCAGCAGCGAGGGCCCAACAGUCGGCUUCAACGCAGAGUACGACGCCCUGCCCGAGCUCGGUCACGCAUGCGGGCACAACCUCAUCGCUACGGUAUCCCUAGGAGCCGCUCUCGCGGCCGCAGACGUCAUGCGAAAAGAAAGUCUCGCAGGCAGGAUCAUCCUCUUCGGCACGCCCGCAGAAGAGUCUCUGGGCGGCAAAGUCAAGAUGCUGGAAGCCGGCAUCUUCGACGACGCCAAGAUGGACAUCUCGCUCAUCUCCCACCCGACGUCCAACGCCGACAGCCCCUACAUGUUGACCACGUCCACGGACCGCGUAGACGUCGAGUACUACGGCCGCGAAGCGCACGCCGCCGCGGGGCCGUGGGAAGGCAUCAACGCCCAAGACGGCCUGCUGGUCGCCAACAGCGCCCUCUCCUACAUGCGGCAGCAAAUGCGGCCCUCGGACCGCGUGCACGGCUUCAUCUCCAGCGCCGGAAGCCGCAUCAACGUCAUCUCCUCCAAAGCGAGCGGCUCGUACCAGAUCCGCGCCAACGACGAAACGCAGCUCGCGAACCUAACCGCGCGGGUCGAGAACUGCUUCCAAGCCGGCGCCCUCGCCACGGGCGCACAGCUCAACUUCACCGUCCGGCCGUACGGGUACGCUAACCACGUGUCCAACGACCUCCUCGCGGCCUCGUACGCGACCCACUUCACGUCCCUCGGCGGCGCGCUGCAACCCGCCGAAAUCGACAAGCUGAAGGACCCAAGCGGCUCGACCGACCAGGGCAACCUCUCGCACGAGUGGCCCAGUCUGUCGCCCUUCUUCCAGAUCACGAACCAAGACGGCAGCGUGCCCGCCGGGGGACCGCACACGGCGGCGUUUGAGGUCGCUGCUGGGUCGCAGCCGGCGUUUGAGAAGGCGGUGCAGGUCGCGAAGAGUUUGGCUGGCGUGGCGGUGGAUGUGCUGACGGUGGAGGGGCUGCUGGGGGAGAUUAAGAGCGAGUUUGAGAAGACUCAGACGAGUCCUAGGCGGCGGCGGUAA